CGUUGCCGACGAUGUAAAUCCAAAUUAUUCCCUUUUCACUCCCAAUUUCUCAGCCACCUCUUCAAUCUCCAUCUGAUCAAUCCUAAAUCCUAAAACAAAAUUCAAGAUCGCUUCAGUACUUCUCACCGUUCUCUGGGACCUCAAAUUUCAUUUCUCCGGUCUGGGUUUUCAUGAACGAUCAGUCGCUGAAUAUGGGCCAAUCUCAGAUCUUGCAGAUUCACCAAAACAACGUCUUUUGGCCUCACCGUCCGCCUCCGUUCCCGCCGGACAACGCCGCCGUCAUGUUUCACGGCGCUCAUUCUCACCGGCAAAUCUUUAACGCUCCCACCCCGGCUAACCCUACGCCUCCCGGUCGGGUUGCUUGGAUGGGAAAGGAUUUUAAACCGGAUAAGCGCAAUGAGUUUGGGCGUAAUGACCCGCUUCAAGGUCCCGGGUACAAACAGCCGGGUCAGAUUGAUUCGCAAGCUCAGAACCGAUUGAAAAGUCGUCGGUUUCACCGGAAGAACAAGUUCGAAUCCAGAUAUGCCCCGUUCGCUCCGCGUAAUACUACAUCGUUCCUAAUGCACUCCAAAAGAUCGCGAGGUAACGCUACGCCGUGUCCAGUAACACCGGCGGUCCUACCAACGCCAAUCUUGUCGCCGUUGAGUGAGUUUUGGAUCGACAUGGCGAAGGAAGAGUGGGGGGUUGAUGGCUAUGGCUCGAUGAAGGGUCUGAUAAGGCUUCGAUCUGGCUCACCCAGAGGCGACGAGGAAGAGGAGGAAGAAGAAGAAGACGACGACGACGACGAUAAUGGUGGCGGUGGCGGUGGCGGGUCUAGUGACAGUGAUGUAGAAGAACGAGUCGAAGUUGAGAAGAGAUUAGACCAUGAUCUGAGUAGAUUCGAAAUGAUAUACCCAAACGUCGGAACCGAUGAUCAGACCAGUGUCUUGGAGAAUCGAGUGGAUGAACAGGACUCCCAUAUUACACGAUUGGAAGAAGAAAAUAUGACACUGAAAGAGAAGCUCUUUCUGAUGGAGAGAGAAUUGGACGAACUGAGAAGGAGGGUUCAAUGUUUAGAGACUAAUGGCGUGUGGCGAGCUUGCAGAGGCCAAAUCGGAAAGAACGAAGUAUUCUCUGAGCAGAGUGUGGGGAAUGUUAAUGGUGAGGAAGAAGAGGAAGAGAAUGAUAAUGGUGGCGCAAUGACGACGUAUUGUGGGAAAUUAUCAGUUCAUUAAACUGCUAGAUAUCUGCAUAUAUUUCUGUAUAUAUAUAACUAGGCUGGUAGAUCUAGGUUGAAGUUUAAUUUUUCGUCGUUAAAAUUCAUCCUCCUUCUGUAAUCUAACUCUAGGCCCUGGGAAGAAUCGAACUCCCUGAAUAAAUUCUGCCCAGUUAGAAGCGAAUAAUUUCUGUACUAACUGAUGAAAUUUUUCAUGGUUUCUUCUUUACUUGUCAUUUCCUUCUGUACUAUUGAACCUGAAUGGAAUUGUGUUUUACCAUAGAAUGAAAUGCCUGUCCUCUAUACAGAAGAAGAAGACGGAGGUGGAUCGUGGAAAGAUGGAGAGGCUGAUGCAAUAAAAGUAAGGCAUGCAGCCAACUAGCCGAAGAGCACCUUAGCCCAUGACAGACCAAGAUUGGAAUAUAGAAGAGGUAAAAGUAAGGCAAGGUGUUCCUGUUGGUUGGUCCUCACCUGACCUCAUUACCUCAAUGGCUUUUUUGAAGAACCUUCUUUAGAAAAGGCAUAUUGAAUGAUUGAUUCUCUACUUUAUGCCAAAGUUCUCCUGCAACUGCAACUGAGGUGUUAGAAAUAAUUACAAUUUCCCCCCUCAGAAAUUAUUUUCUUUGUUUCCUUGAAAACAGGGAAAAUUAAUGAAAAAUUCAUCAUUGUAAAAGUUACCGCUGAAAAAUAUUUGAAAUCUGUUAAUAUAUGUAAUCUUAAAGACAUCUGCACAUAACUCAAUGAAAAAAACUUAUGCGAAGUUACUUA